CUUUAGUGCAAAGGUCAGAGUGGUGGUGAGGCAUGAAGAAGAGCUAAAUGCACACAGUGUAGAGAUCAGACACGACAACAUGGAGCAAACUCUGAUGUUUCCCGUGCUGAUUGGACUCAUCGCAGUGUUACUCACCAUCCUCUACUUCAUCCUGAAGGGAGGAACUUCAGAAAGUGGAAAAAAAGCCAGCAAGCUUCCCAAAACUCUGCAGGAUCCCAGUGUAAAAUACCAGCUGCCCCUCGUAGAGAAGGAGGACAUAACACACGACACGAAGAGGUUCCGCUUCGGUCUCCCGUCGUCUCUUCAUGUCCUCGGGCUUCCAGUCGGUCAGCAUGUUUACCUGUCUGCCAAAAUCAAUGGGAAUCUGGUGAUCCGAGCGUACACUCCUGUCUCCAGUGAUGAGGACCAGGGACACGUCGAUCUGGUCGUAAAGGUAUAUUUCAAACACACACACCCAAACUACCCUGAAGGAGGCAAAAUGUCUCAAUACCUGAACGAUAUGAAGAUUGGAGACACCAUGGACUUCCGAGGGCCAAACGGUCUUCUGGUGUACAACGGCAACGGUCGCUUUGCUAUAAGGCCUGAUAAAAAGUCUGAUGCCAAGCUGAGGAAGUUUAAACAUGUGGGAAUGAUCGCUGGUGGCACGGGGGUCACUCCAAUGCUGCAGCUUAUCCGCACAAUCACAGCGGAUCCUACAGACGAUACCAAGUGCACACUUAUUUUUGCCAACCAGACAGACAAGGACAUUUUGUUAAGGAAGGAACUGGAAGAAUUUGAGAAGAAUCACCCAGAUAAACUCCACCUGUGGUACACGCUAGAUCGACCUCCUCAAGGUUGGAAGUACAGCACAGGAUUUGUAGACGUUUCAAUGAUGAAAGCUCACCUUCCUCCUCCAGCCAAUGACGUGCUGAUCGUGAUGUGUGGCCCGCCCCCGAUGAUCCAGAACGCGUGCCUGCCGAACCUCACCAAACUCGGCUACGACCCACAAAACACCUUCACAUACUAA